CCAGUGAACGGCGCGUGGAGUGAGUGGAGCGAGUUCUCCUCCUGCAGCACCACCUGUGGCCCAGGCUCCUACCGGAAGACCAGGUCAUGUGACUCGCCUCUCCCUCAGUUUGGCGGGAAGGACUGCCAGGGUCCGGAGUCGCAGGUCAAGCGAUGCGAGAUGGUCAAGUGCCCAGUUCACGGAGGAUGGUCCCUGUGGAGCUCCUACACUCUGUGCUCCACCACAUGCGGACGAGGGGUCAGGGAAAGGUCAAGGUCGUGCGACAGUCCAAGGCCACAGUAUGGAGGGGACAAGUGUGAUGGGCCUGCCAACCAGAAGCAGCAGUGCUAUGGCGGAAAGCCGUGCCCGGUUGACGGGGGCUGGAGCUCAUGGACCAACUUCGGCUACUGCCGCGCGCCGCGUUGUGGGAGGGGCUACCAGAUCCGGUCCCGCAGCUGCUCCAAGCCCCGCCCCGCGCACGGCGGGAAGCCCUGCCCAGGUCAACAGUACGAGAGAAUCGCCUGUCACAAUGACCACGACUGCCCGAAAAUGAGUGAGGAGGUCGAGGGUGCGUCUGGAGGGGGCGACACCGACGACGAGGAGACUGAGGCGGAGACGAGCAGCAACAGCAGCAGCACAAAGAACAGCAGUAGUGGAGAGACAGAGACCACGAGCAAGAGUAUGGAGGACACACGUCAAGCUGCAGAACAAGUGACACAGGAGUACAGCGCUGUCACUAGCGAGUAUAGUGAGACAGAGAGAGAUGAAGUGGACAACACCACCACAACCGUGGUCAAUCCAUGAUGAGCGAUCAAAGCUGAUAAAUGUAAAGUACUCAAUUAGGCCCUACUCUAUUUGAUGAAGCACAGCCCAGCGCAAAAGUUUUGUCAUUCUUUUUGGGGAAAUAAUUUUCAGAGUAGCAAUGAGGGAAAGUCAUAUUAUGAUACAUUGUAAUAAUAUAAGCUUAAUUACCCCCCCCCCGCACCCCCCCC